GAGGUGCGAAGAAGAAGAGCCGAAGAAGACAGGGAGCUCGCGGGGAAGGAACGACGGGCGGCAGAUACCCCGACGUCGUGCUUCUUCUGCUCAUGCCCGCCACUGCUCCUCCGUCGCGACCGUGAGCUGCUUCCCACUGGGCUAUUCUCCUCCGCGUGCUCCCGAGCUCCACGUCGAGAUAUCUUGCUCGCGAAACGGUUGUGUCCCGAGCCGGAUCUUGCGCCUUAUUCGAAGUAGUAUGGGAGGAGUGCCGGAGAGUAGGGGAGCACAGGGGUGGGGGUAAGGUGGAUGCCGAACCGCAUUGCCGUGGGGUUAGAUUGGUGGAUUAUUAGUUGAGGGAAAGGGCGUUUUAGCUGUCGAUGGCGUCAUGGUAAUGGCGUAGGUGGAUUUUUUGUGCGGAUGUGUUUUUUCGGAUGGUUUGGGAAGGUUAUGGAGGCUAUGUCGAGGAGAGGGCGUUGAGGAGCAGUGAGCAAGGGUAGCCGUAAUCGGGGAGAGGCGGUGUGCCUGAUGCGUGAAGACGGGAUGUGAGGGAAAGUAACGGUGGUUUGGUGACACGUCGGAAGGGAGCUGCUGAGAGGGCGGAAAGUGAGUCUGGGAGUAGGAGAUGUAUGUCAUUUGACAAGGUUGAAUGCAUCCGCUGUGCUGCAUCGCGCCUGUUCCCAUGGAAAAGGAGGAGAUGAAAGGGGAAGGCAGCAAUGGGAAGAUAUUUUGGUCUUCGUCCGAGCCUAGCACUCCUCAGCGAUCCUUCAAGGAUCGGCAGAAUGCAACGUCCUUGAGCUCGGGGAACCAUCAGCAAGGGGGGUUGGUUCCUAGCAGCGAUCAUGUAGGGCACAGCGUUGCGAAUUCAGGCCGAUCUAUGUCGGUCGCGGCACAGUUGCCGCCGCUGUCUAGUGUGAAGAAUAAUGGAGGGCUUAAUCGGGGUGGUGCUCAGCAUGUUGAGAGGAAGGUAGAUGGUAGCGAGCGUGUACAUCAUGAUCGGUCUGUGUCGGACCUUCCCCCUGGGAUGGGCGGGAAAGUUUUUAAGGUUACUCCGGAGGGGGGGAUGAAGAUGGCAGCCAAUUUCUCCGGAGAGCUCUUUCAGGUUGUUGACACUGUGGCGAACGGCACGCCACCAGGGUGCGUGCUGAAAAAUGAUGUGGCUGGGAUUUUGUAUAAGUGGGUGAAUUACGGGAAGGGAUGGAGACCUCGCUGGUUUGCGCUGAAGGAAGGUGUGUUCUCGUACUACAAGGUUCACGGUCCCGACAAAGUCACGUUUAACGAUGACAGGUUCAAAAACUUCCGGAUCAUUGGCGAAGAGGCGCAGAGAUUGAUGAAGAAGCAGAAGCCUUUGCACUCGCAUACGCACAGUACUGAUCAAAACCAACACAAAGCGUCAGGGGAGAUUCACCUUAAGGUUUCUUCCGUACGCAAUAGCCAGUCAGACGACAAGAAGUUUUAUAUCUACACUGGAACGAAAACGCUGCACCUCCGAGCUGAGACUUGUGCUGACAGGAAUGAUUGGGUAACGGUUUUGAAAGGGGCCAAAGAUAUGUUUCCCCGGAACUCGCAGCUUAUUGGUUUAGUGGCCCCUUCAGAAGAAAUUACGAUCUCUACUGAUAAGCUGAGGCAAAAGCUUUUGGAGUUUGGAUUAGAUGAGGAUCAGGUGAAAGAAUGUGAAGAUGUUAUGCUGUCGGAAUUUUCAGAUGUAAAAGAGCAGUUGAAAGUCAUGCAACAGCGUCGACUGACCUUACUCGAACGAUUGAGGCUGCUGGAGGCUGAGAAAGUGGAGUUGGAGACGACCGUUGUGGAUGAAAUGCAAAAUCAAGCAGGCGGAGGUGGGCUUCAUGGGCUCAAGAAGUAUUAUGGAGGAAGUGACACUGAGUCGGACGAGGACACUGAUAGUCACAAGGGUGGUGUUGAAGUAGACUCCGACGAUGAAGAUGAUGUCUUCUUUGAAGCCAGGGACACUCUUAGGAAGUCUGCAAGUUCUCAAAUACAUCCUCCAGAUUCUCCUACACACAGUGAAGUUGAUAUGGACAUAGUGGGUUUUGAUUACCCCCAGGUGGCCCGUCGAAAAUGCUUACCUGAACCUAAAGAGAAGGAGAAGAGUGUGAGUUUGUGGUCCAUGAUCAAGGACAACAUUGGUAAGGAUCUCACGAAGGUCUGCUUACCGGUCUACUUCAAUGAGCCUAUCUCAUCUUUGCAGCGGUGUUUUGAGGAUGUAGAGUAUUCUUACCUCUUGGACAGGGCAGCGGAAUAUGGAAAGAGGGGAAAUAACCUCAUGAGGCUUCUAUAUGUUGGAGCCUUUGCCGUGUCUGGAUACGCGUCAACAGAGGGUCGUACUUGUAAACCAUUCAACCCCCUGCUUGGAGAGACCUACGAAGCUGAUUACCCUGACAAGGGUCUUAAGUUCUUCUCUGAAAAGGUGAGCCAUCACCCAAUGAUCGUGGCAUGUCACUGCGAGGGUCGAGGAUGGAAAUUCUGGGGAGACAGCAACUUGAAAAGCAAGUUUUGGGGUCGUUCUAUCCAGGUGGACCCUGUUGGCAUCCUCACACUCCAAUUCGAUGAUGGUGAAGUUUUUCAAUGGACUAAGGUCACUACAUCGAUAUACAACUUGAUUUUGGGAAAACUGUAUGUGGACCAUUAUGGUACCAUGCGCAUACAGGGCAACCGUGAGCUCUCCAUAAAAUUGAAGUUCAAGGAACAAUCAAUAAUUGAUCGCAACCCUCAUCAGGUUCAAGGAUUUGUGCAUGAUAAGGGUGGAGCGAAGGUUGCUACAUUGUUUGGCAAGUGGGACGAGUCUAUGUAUUAUGUAAUGGGAGAUAUCUCUGAGAAGCCCAAGGGCUUUGAUCCUACGACUGAGGCUGUUUUGUUGUGGCGUCGCGCUGUUCCACCAGAAAAAAUGACUCGUUAUGGUCUGACAGCUUUUUCUAUGACUUUGAAUGAGAUCACGCCUGGGCUUCGGGAAAAGUUGCCACCUACAGAUUCAAGGUUGAGACCCGAUCAGAAACAUUUAGAGAAUGGUGAAUUUGACGCUGCCAACUCAGAGAAGUUGCGGCUUGAGCAAAAGCAGCGACGCGCACGUAUCCUUCAAGAGAAAGGUUGGCAACCACGUUGGUUUCGGAAAGGGAAGGGGAAAGACACUUAUGAAUACGUUGGAGGCUACUGGGAAGCACGGGAGAAAGGAAGAUGGGAUGGCUGCCCAGAUAUUUUUGGUGUUGAUCCCCAAGAUGAGAUUAUUCUUACUGAUUGAAGAUAAGGAGCAGAAGUGGGAUGAUGAGUCGCAGCCGCCCACCUUGGGAAAUUCAGCUUUGUAAUAUUAUCGUCACAACCUCUUUUGCUUCCGGACCUCUGAUGAGGAUUUGAGUGUAAUGUGUUGGGACUGCGUGGCCGUUUAUGUAGGGCUUGGGUUUUUACACGGGUCAAGUUUUUUUUUCCCGCCAGGAUCAGGAUAGACCGUGAGCAAUGUCACAGAAUAUCAGAAUCAAUCUUAGAAUAGGUGGGAUCUUUGUUUUCAAUCUCAAAUGAGAUAUCAUUCAGCCUCAACCCCGCUGCUACGGCUCACUGAGUACUUUUGUGUCUAGGAUUCAUAACCUAGUUAUUGUUGACCUCUCAUUUUUUAAUACCUACUUAGCUCCGUCGUGGUUCCCAGGCCAUUUCUACAGAUCCGCAAUAAACUAGAAAUCAUGUUUCUUGCCCUC